AUGUGGCAAAAAUGGGACGCGGGACCUCCGUAUGUUCGAGUAUUCGGUCUGUGGACUGCUGAAGCAAUGGUAGAUGUAGAGGAAACCCUGAAGAGAAUUCAGAGCCAGAAGAACGUUGCUGGAGUUAUUGUUAUGGACUCAUCUGGCCGGGCGAUUCGGUCAACCUUGGAUGAUGAAGCUACACAACAGCACUGCAUAUUACUGCAUCAGUUAUGUGAUAAAUCAAAAAGUGUUAUUCGGGAAUUGGACGGCUCAAACGAUCUCACAUUCCUAAGGCUACGGACGAGAAAACAUGAAAUAAUGAUCGCACCUGACAAAGAUUUCCUGCUGGCUGUGAUACAGAACAUUACUGCACAGUUUUAA